AUGUCAGCGAUUGGAGUGGUUGAGAGACGGGAGAAAUGCGGGGGAAUCGGCCUUUUCUACAUCCCGAUCAUUCUCCUCACCUCCUUCAUCGCCAUUUCAAUGUACGUUUGUUUGCAAGGCACUUUCGUCACCUCCUUCUGGGCGAUCGUCACACUCGCUGGGCACUCGUUUAUGGCUAUCGCCGGCUUUUUGAUAGUCACACUGGUGAUUGUGGCGCCCUGCAUGUGUUGUUGUGGUCGAAAAACGUCACCGAAACAAGACCAAUCGCAUACGGUGAAAUAUGCAAAGCGGCGGCUGCUCUGGACCGUCAUUUUCAUUCUCUUUGCCACCGUGCCAUUAGUGCCAUCGCUGUGUCUCUCCGUUUGUCGCCUAGUCGAGGCAUUGAUGUACGGCAAAUGGAUCUUCGACUAUCGUUUCCUCGCUUGGCGUUCGACUUUCUACAGCGAUUCCUACUUCAUCUACUCGCCCAGCGGGAAUUUCUUUCUUUGGUAUCUUCGGUAUUGGCUGCCUGUUCUUCACGAGGCUUUUCACAUCGUUUUCUUUCUGGGAUGCUUCAUUCUUCUGCCACCAUUCCGCCGGAUUAUUUUCUGCUGUCGCUGGAGGGAAAAGAAAGCGAAUGCGCUCACUUCUGGCACCGUGUUGAUGCUAGCUGGAGCGCAGGACGGGCAAGGACAGCAAGAAAUGGCACAGGGCAUGCAAAGGCCGACAGGGGUUAUGCAUCAACACCAGCAUCAACUCCAGCAAUCCUGUGCCACUUGUCAACCAGUUCCCCUUCAGCCGAUGCUCUUGCAGAUCCCCGCCAGCACUCCACUCCAUCAAUUCCCUGCACCAGUUCCACAAGUUGUCCCCCAGAUCACAACGAUUCCAUCAAUUCCAUCAAUUCCCUCGAUUCCCUCGAAUUCCGUGUACACCCUCGUCCCAAUGCCAACAAUGACACAUCUCCAAUCCAAUCAACCAAUUCAUUUGAGUUAUCCGACCACCCCGAGGGCUAAUAUCCUGCCAGCAACCGAGCACAUAAUCGCCAGGAUUCAG